AUGGGCCCAAAUAUCGGUGUCUUCCCUGCCUCCGGCGGACUUGGAACAAGUAUUGUGAACCACUUGUCCAAGCUAGUCCCAGCAUCAGAGCUCGUGUUAAUCGCGAGAAAGCCCGAGAACUUAGAAAACUGGAAGCAAGAUGGCGCAACCGUCCGGCGAGCAGAUUACGACGAGCCAUCGACAUUAGACACGGCAUUCGACGGCGUGGAUGUCUUAAUGUUAAUCUCGUAUGCAUCAUUCGAGAUCGAGCAUCGCGUGAAGGCCCACCGUCUUGCCAUCAACGCAGCCACAAACAGUGGAGUCAAGCACAUAUUCUACUCCUCCCUCGGCUUCGGCAGCGGACUCAGCGACAAAAGCGUCGCGCACGUUAUGGGCGCGCACAUCGAAACAGAGAAAUACCUCGCUUCACAAAAAGACAAAUUAACAUACACGUCUGUGCGCGAGGGACUCUACUCCGAGUCUUUCCCGAUUUACACGGCGUGGUUCGACCCGCAGAACCCAGCGGAUGAGAUUACGAUUCCUCACCCCGGCACUGGGCCCGGCGUUGCGUGGGUGAAGCGUGAUGAGCUGGGCGAGGCUACUGCUAAGCUGAUUGUUUCUUACAUCAAUGAUCGGGAUAGCUUCCAGUAUUUGAACAAGAUUGUUCUGCUCUCUGGUUCGCGGGAGAUCUCGCUCGCAGAGACGGUUGAGAUAGUGGGGCGGGCGGUUGGAAAAUCACUGAGUAUUCGGGAGAUCUCUGUCGAUGAGUAUGUGAAGCUCCCUCAGAUUGGAGAUCUGCAUACAUACCAUGGUGUUGAUCUCUCGAGGGAGUGGGCGACGGCUUGGGAGGCAAUUAAGAAUGGCGAGACGGCUGUUAUUUCUCCAGCUCUGGGUGAGAUCCUUGGACGUGAACCGGAGAGAUACGAAGAUACUAUCAGGGAGUUGAUCGGAUGA